CGCGCCACCGCAGACGCAACCCGCCGCACGGCCCAGAACCAACCUACCGACCCAACGAACGAGGCACGGCGCGAGCCCCCACCCCACCGCACCGCACCGCCCCGCCUCGCGCCCUUCAGCCGCCGCCGCCGUGCCCUCCGUCCCGCUGCUCCGGCCGGUAGGCCGUCGUGGGUCCCACGGGGAUCGUGCGCGCGAGGGAGGAGGCGGAGGGGCAGGGGCAGGGGGGCGCGACCGGCGACGCGCGAGGGGCGGCUGGAGGCGGAGGAGGGAGGGAGGGGAUGGAGAAGUACGAGGCGGUGCGGGACAUCGGGUCGGGCAACUUCGGGGUGGCGCGGCUGAUGCGCAACCGCGAGACCCGCGAGCUCGUCGCCGUCAAGUGCAUCGAGCGCGGCCACCGGAUUGACGAGAAUGUCUACAGGGAGAUCAUCAACCACCGCUCGCUGCGCCACCCCAACAUCAUCCGCUUCAAGGAGGUGGUACUGACGCCAACAAAUCUUAUGAUUGUCAUGGAGUUCGCAGCAGGUGGGGAGCUGUUUGAGCGAAUCUGUGAUCGUGGGCGGUUCAGUGAGGAUGAGGCAAGGUAUUUCUUUCAGCAGUUGAUCUGUGGUGUGAGCUACUGCCAUCACAUGCAAAUAUGCCAUAGAGAUUUGAAGCUGGAGAAUGUUCUCUUGGAUGGCAGUGCAGCUCCACGGCUCAAAAUAUGCGAUUUCGGCUACUCCAAGUCAUCAGUAUUGCAUUCAAGGCCCAAAUCAGCAGUGGGGACGCCAGCAUAUAUUGCACCAGAGGUGCUAUCCCGCCGUGAGUAUGAUGGAAAGCUUGCAGAUGUGUGGUCUUGUGGGGUGACUCUUUACGUCAUGCUUGUGGGAGGCUAUCCAUUUGAAGACCAGGAUGACCCCAAGAAUAUACGCAAGACCAUUCAGCGAAUAAUGUCCGUGCAAUAUACCAUACCUGAUCAUGUCCACAUAUCCAUGGAAUGCCGACAGCUUAUGGCCCGUAUCUUUGUUAACGUCCCAUCGAAGAGAAUCACAAUGAGGGAGAUAAAGAAUCACCCAUGGUUCCUGAAGAACCUACCAAGGGAGCUCACAGAGACAGCGCAGGCCAUGUACUUCAGGAGGGAUAACGCGGUGCCUUCUUUCUCGGAGCAGACUUCAGAAGAGAUCAUGAAGAUCGUCCAGGAGGCAAGGACCAUGCCGAAGUCAUCCAGGCCAAGCUAUGGUUGGGGCGAUGAGGGUUCGGACGACGAGGAAGAGAAGGAAGAGGAAGAGAGACCAGAAGUGGCGGAGGAGGAAGAGGAGGAUGAGUACGACAAGAGGGUCAAGGAGGUUCAUGCAAGCGGAGAGCUCCGCAUGAGCUCGCUACGCAUAUCAUGAAAGUAUGCGGAGUAAGUUACCUGUAGAUAAUCGGCCUAUCGUGGAACUUCUGCGCUCAGUGGGAUGUGCAAUUUUGUGGAAGUUUGCUUCUGUUUGGUUUUGGUUCGUGUAACAUAAUUUACAUGGGACAAUGGGGCUUGAUGAAUGCUGUAAUAUUUGGCUCUUGGCAGAGAAACUUAUGUACAUAUAAAGCGUAUGCUUGUAUUCCCUGUGACCGGGAGAAAUAGCUCGCCUCAGGCUGUCCAGCGGUUCAUGUUUAAAGCAUGCCGACGAAUUCUGUGGUUCGCCCUAAAACUGGAAAUUUGUGCUAUUUAGUGGA